AUGGCGCAAAGGUCCGUUCCGGCGCCGUUUUUGACCAAGACGUAUCAGUUGGUGGACGAUCCGAGCUGGGACGAUGUCAUCUCGUGGAACGAAAGCGGGACAACGUUUGUUGUUUGGAAGACUGUGGAUUUUGCCAGGGAUAUGUUGCCUAAAUAUUUCAAGCACAACAAUUUCUCAAGCUUCGUCCGCCAGCUUAACACCUAUGGCUUUCGAAAGACGGUGCCGGACCAAUGGGAGUUCGCGAACGAUAACUUCCGGCGAGGGCAGAAGGAGCUCCUCUCCGAAAUCCGUCGCCGGAAAUCGGUGACGGCAGGGCCGGGGAAGGCUACGGCCAGCGAGAAAUCCGGAGGGCCAUCGACUCCAUCGAACUCGGGGGAGGAGAUGGCGUCGACUUCGACGUCGUCGCCGGACUCGAAGAACCCGGGGUCGGUGGAGAUGGCGGCAAUGGGUCAAGCGUCUGAUUUGUCGGGCGAGAACGAGAAACUGAAGAAGGAGAACGAGAAUUUGAGCUCGGAGCUGGCGCAGACGAAGAAGCAGUGCGACGAGCUCGUGGGGUUCCUGAUGGAUUACCUGAAAGUGGGGCCCGAUCAGAUCAAUCGCAUCAUGCGGCAAGGAAGCUAUGUGUCCACCCGUGAUGAAGAUGAUGAUGACGAUGAUGAUGCUGAUGAUGAUGAUGACGACGACGGAAAACAAAAAGAGGGUUUGAAGCUGUUUGGGGUUUGGGUGAAAGGGGACGAGAAGAAGAAGAGUAAGAGAACGGAGCGAGAUGAGAAAUUUGGGGUUGGUGUUGGUGGGACCUACGCGAAGAAGAUGAAGAGCGCGGAAUUCGGCGCGCCGAUGUUGAAGAGGGGGAAGGUGUGCAACUGA